AUGUCUCCUCCUUCCGCAAAAGAAUUUGCAGAAGUUGAUGAAAAGCUUGAAGCCGGAGUUGACAGCAAUGGUAAAGAGGCGCCGGAAAGAUCAAGAUUUCGUCGCUUCUUGCGUCUUUCCUCAAAACCAAUAACACCUCCGACAGGCACUAUCGAAGACGCCCAGCUCAUCCCGGAAGCAACAGCUUCAAUAUUCAGCCUGGUGGUUUUCCAAUGGAUAAAUCCCCUUCUUACUCUUGGUUUUCAUCGCCCGCUUGAAGCUUCCGAUUUGUACAAGCUCCAGGACGAUCGAAAGGCCGCUUAUAUUGGAGAAAAGAUUAUAAAUUCCUUUGAAAGACGCAGAAAGGAAGCACAAGAAUACAAUGAAGCAUUGGCAAAAGGCGAGAUCUCGGCUGGAAAUUGGAAGACUAUUUGGUGGACGUUACGAGGGGACAGGAAGGAGCGAGAGAAGCAGUGGCGGGAGAAGGAUGGCAAGAAACGACCCAGUCUUGUCUUGGCUUUGAAUGACAGUGUCAAGGUAUUUUUUUGGACUGGGGGAUUGUUCAAGGUAAUAGGCGACACUGCGCAAGUGACUUCGCCGUUGUUAGUAAAGGCAAUCGUGAACUUCGCAACCGAAUCCUACACAAAUCACAUGGAAGGUAGAAGUGUUCCUCCUAUAGGAAAGGGUAUAGGAAUGGCGGUCGGAUUAUUCUUCUUGCAGAUCCUUGCAUCAGUCUGUACCCACCAGUUUUUUUAUCGAUCAGCCGGCAGUGGUGUCCUGCUCCGCGGAGGAUUGAUAGCAGCCAUAUACGCUCGUUCAAUGCGACUUACUUCCCGUGCUCGAUCCCAACUACCCAAUGGCUUGAUCAUGAAUCAUAUAUCAACGGAUGUGUCUAGAAUAGACUUUUGCGCUGGUUUCUUCCAUAUGUCUUGGGCCGCUCCUAUUCAAAUGACCAUUUGUCUUGUUCUUCUCAUCAUUAACAUUGGACCCAGUGCACUUGCCGGCUUUGCGUUCUUCAUCCUUUCUACGCCUGUUCAAACUAUGGCCAUGAAGAAAAUGUUUGCUUUUCGACAGAAGAGCAUGCGUUGGACCGAUAAAAGGGCAAAACUCCUUCAAGAGCUUCUUGGCGGUAUGAAAAUCAUAAAGUACUUUGCUUGGGAGGUUCCCUUCCUUAAGCGGAUUGCGACUUAUCGAUACCAAGAGAUGUACUAUAUUCGUACUCUUCUCAUCAUUCGUGCUGCCAACAAUGCGAUCGCCAUGUCGCUCCCAACAUUGGCAUCGGUGUUGGCAUUCGUGACCUAUUCACUUUCCGGUCACCAGUUAAACGCUGCUGAUAUUUUCGCUUCCUUGACGCUCUUCAAUCUACUUAGAAUGCCUCUGAUGAUGCUUCCCUUGUCUUUCAGUUCAAUUACCGAUGCCCACAAUGCGAUCCAACGUUUAUAUGGAGUCUUCGAAGCUGAAAUUUUAGACGAAACAUUGGCGAUAGAUGAAAGGAUGGAUGCCGCAGUUGAAGUCAAAGGGGCAUCUUUUUCUUGGGAUGCCCCCCCACCCGAACGCGAAGAGAAAAAGAUGAGGAGAAAGAACAAGACCAUCACCAACGCACAGCCUGCUGCUACUGCUGAGUCACCACAGGAACCAUUCAAGCUCCGCGACAUCACGAUCACGAUACCUAGGGGACAGCUGGUUGCAGUAGUUGGACAGGUUGGUUGUGGGAAGACGUCGCUUCUGCAGGGAAUCAUUGGAGAGAUGAGAAGGACCGGUGGUAGCGUCAAGUUUGGUGGAAGUGUGGGAUACUGUCCCCAGAGUGCUUGGAUUCAGAAUGCUACUAUCAGAGAAAAUAUUUGUUUUGGGAGAGCGUUUGAUGAGGGGCGGUAUUGGACCGCAAUCAAGAAUUCAUGUUUGGAACCAGACCUUGAGAUGCUUCCUCAUGGUGAUAUGACCGAGGUCGGUGAAAAGGGGAUCUCCUUGUCUGGUGGUCAGAAACAGCGUCUGAAUAUCUGCAGAGCCAUUUAUUGCAACACAGAUAUCCAGAUUUUCGAUGACCCCUUGUCUGCACUAGAUGCGCAUGUAGGAAAAGCUGUAUUUAACAACGUUCUCCACGAUAACAGUGCAGGAAAAACUCGUAUCCUCGUUACCCAUGCACUCCACUUUCUUCCCCUAGUUGAUUACAUAUAUGUUGUCAACGACGGUCGUAUCGUCGAAUUCGGCACCUAUCGUGAGCUUAUGGAGAACGGGCACGAGUUUUCCAGGUUCAUUAACGAGUUUGGAAACAAUGAACUACAGGAGUCCAAGGACGAAAAAGAGUCAGAAGUCGAAGUCGUCAAAGAAGAUGAUGAACAUGAGAAAAAGCUCAGAAUGGCCACAGCGGGUGCCGGAAUGAUGCAGGUAGAAGAGAGGAACACAGGAGCAGUCAGUGGGUCCAUCUAUAAAACAUACAUCAAAUCUGGCAACGGAUUUGUGCUCUUGCCUAUCUUCUUUCUAUCCCUUGUACUGGUGCAGGGCGCGACGGUUAUGUCCUCUUAUUGGUUGGUCUAUUGGGAAGAAUUGAAAUGGAAGGAACCUGAAAGUUUCUAUAUGGGAAUAUAUGCUGGACUUGGAGUUGCGCAAGCAGCAGCAAUGUUUUUAAUGGGAACGACUUUCGCUAUGCUUACCUACUUCGCCUCGCAACGUUUGCAUAAAGCUGCUAUCGAGCGUGUCAUGCGAGCUCCGAUGUCAUUCUUUGAGACUACCCCGUUGGGCCGGAUCAUGAAUCGAUUCGCCAAAGAUAUUGACACAAUCGAUAACUUACUCGGAGAUGCACUUCGUAUGCUGGCUGGCACCAUGUCCAACAUCUUGGGUGCUAUUAUCCUAAUUUCUAUCAUUCUCCCAUGGUUCCUCAUCGCUGUGGUGGUUGUUCUAUUGGUGUAUUGCUAUGCUGCGUACUUCUACCGAGCCAGUGCUCAUGCCAUUCUUCGAUCCUCGGUCUACUCACAUUUUUCAGAAAGUUUAUCCGGCCUUGCCACUAUUCGAGCGUACGGAGAAUCACAACGGUUCCUUCUUGACAACGAACGCAGAGUAGACGUAGAGAAUAGAGCGUAUUGGUUGACCGUUACAAAUCAACGUUGGCUCGGUAUCCGGCUCGAUUUCCUUGGGACAAUUCUGACCUUUGUGGUCGCGUUGUUGACUAUUGGUACACGGUUUACAAUUUCCCCAGCUCAAACUGGUGUUGUGCUGUCAUACAUCUUGAGCAUUCAGCAAGCUUUUGGAUGGCUAGUUCGUCAAAGUGCAGAAGUUGAAAACGAUAUGAACUCUGUGGAACGAGUCAUAUACUAUGCUGAAGAGAUCGAACAAGAAGCCGCUCACGAAUUACCAGACAAAAGGCCUCCUUCUCCAUGGCCCUCUCAAGGUCAUGUUGAGUUCAAAGAUGUGAUAUUGAAGUACCGUCCAGAACUACCUCCUGUACUUAAAGGCAUAUCAAUGAAUGUCAAAGGAGGCGAGAAGAUUGGCAUUGUCGGGCGAACUGGAGCCGGGAAAAGUAGCUUGAUGUCGGCUAUAUAUCGACUGGUCGAACUGGCGUCGGGCUCUAUAAGAAUAGACGGCGUGAACAUAGCUAAUGUGGGCCUCACAGAUCUGAGGACUGGUUUGUCUAUCAUACCACAAGACGCAUUACUGUUUUCAGGAACUCUUCGAACCAAUCUGGAUCCAUUCAAUCUACACGACGAUGCGAAGUUGUGGGAUGCACUCAGAAGAUCGUAUCUGGUCGACAACUCAAAGCGCACUUCUGUACUCACUAGUGAUUCCGAUCUAGAAGAGCGUGGCAGCGAUACGCCGGUAAACAGGUUCACGCUUGACUCUGUGAUAGAAGACGAAGGCGGGAAUUUGUCAAUUGGGCAGCGGUCACUGGUAUCAUUAGCUCGCGCACUGGUGAAGGAGACAAAGGUAUUGAUCCUGGAUGAGGCUACCGCUUCGGUGGAUUAUGAAACUGAUAGAAAAAUUCAAGACACCAUAACUCAUGAAUUUCAAGACCGAACCAUCCUUUGUAUUGCUCAUCGACUACGAACUAUUAUUUCAUAUGACCGUAUAUGUGUGCUUGAUGCUGGGCAGAUUGCUGAAUUCGACACACCAGCUAAUUUGUACAAAAACCCAAAUGGUAUUUUUAGAAGUAUGUGCGAACGUUCGUCUAUAACGCUGGAUGACAUUCGUAUUGCCACAAAAGUUCGGCUAGAAGAGGCUGAAAUUUAA